AUGGCCAUGCACAACACUCGUCUUUCUCGGUGGUGGGAAAGAAGGGAUGUUGAGGAGGAGGAGGGUAUUGAUGAACUGGUUCAAGCAUGGGGAGCGAGCAAGGCGGCGAGCUUCGUGAGGGGAGUAGAGGAGUCGCCGCUGCAGGUCGUCCACAAAAACUUCCCCACGUUGAGAGGCCACCCAAAGGCCAGAGAGCACUUCGAGCUCGCCGCCCAGCUUCCGGAGAAGCCGACGAAGGAGUUCAAGAUCUACAGAUGGAACCCCGACGAACCCCGCCGCAAGCCCUUCCUCCAAUCCUUCUUCGUCGACCUGCGCACCUGCGGCCCCAUGGUAUUGGACGUGCUUCAGCAGAUCAAAGCGGAGCAAGAUCCCAGCCUGAGGUACCGGAGGUCGUGCAGGGAAGGCAUCUGCGGCUCCUGCUCCAUGAACAUCGACGGCAACAACACCGUGGCUUGUCUGAAGCCCGUCGACGCCGACACCUCGACAGCCACGAUGAUCACCCCUCUCCCCCACAUGUUCGUCAUCAAGGACCUCGUCGUCGACCUCACCAACUUCUACCAGCAGCACAAGUGCGGCCACCCGAUCCUUCUGCAGAGGAUGAUGAAGACGAUACACUUGUCCUUAAUACUCCAUCUGAAACAUGGUCUUCACAGGCUGAUCGAGCCAUGGCUGAAGACCAAGAAGCCACCGGAGAAGGGAAGAGAGUACCUGCAGUCGCCGAGGGAGCGGAAGAAGCUCGACGGGCUCUACGAGUGCAUUCUUUGCGCAUGCUGCAGCACGGCAUGUCCUGCCUACUGGUGGAAUCAGGAAGCUUUCUUGGGACCGGCUGCUCUACUCCAUGCCUUCCGCUGGGUCUCGGACAGCCGUGAUGAGUUCACGAAGGAGAGAAUACGAGGUCUGACGGAGGACGAGGACAAAUUAUACAGAUGCAGGACCAUCAAGAACUGCACAGCUGCUUGCCCGAAGAGCUUAGAUCCUGCAAAAGCCAUUUCUGCCAUGAGGACCAUUCAUCAACUUCACUAG